ACGACGACCACCUCCCCUGCCAGCCAUGCCCUCGACGGCCGACGAUAAUCCACCGCCGCCCAAGGCGCCUCCUCCCGAGCAGCCCCAGCCGGAGAACAAGCUCUGGCUCGUGUUUAUAGGUCUCAUGUGCUGCGCGUUCCUGUCGGCGCUCGACCAGACGAUCGUUGCCACCGCUCUACCUACAAUCGUAGAGCACCUUGGAGACGGCAAGAACUACAGCUGGGUCGGCACUGCCUACCUCCUGGGAUCCGCUAGUCUGUCGCCUCUCUGGGGAAAGCUCUCAGACAUUCUUGGUCGCAAGCCAAUCUUCUACGGCUCAAUUGCUCUAUUCCUGAUCGGUUCUGCACUAUGUGGCGCUGCGCAAAAUCUGACCUGGCUGAUCGUCUGUCGUGCUAUACAAGGUGUUGGAGGCGGUGCUAUCUACCAGAUGGUGCAAAUCGUCAUUGCGGACAUUGUCCCCCUCAAAGAUCGGGGAAAGUAUAGCGGAUAUGUCGGUGCAGCAUGGGGCAUUGCCAGCAUCGUUGGUCCCCUCGUUGGUGGUGCAUUUGCUGACCACGUCACUUGGAGAUGGAUCUUCUACAUCAACCUACCAUUCGGGGGUCUUGCCACUCUCAUCUUGUUCUUCUUCCUCAAACUUAAACCCCACAAAGGCAGACCGUUGCGAGAGCACGUUCGCGAGUUCGACUUUCUUGGAUUGGCUCUGGUGGUCGGAGGCGUCGUAUGUGUGCUUAUCGGCUUUAACAACAGCGGGAUCACUUGGACGUCUGCUGAAACGAUCGUGCUUAUUGUCGUCGGUGGCUGCCUCCUCCUGGCGUUUGUGGCCAACGAGCUGUUGACCACGCGCUCUCCGAUCAUCCCUCCCCGCAUCUUCAAGGCGCACGCCCCGGCGGUUAUCCUCGUCACUACCUUCUUCCAUGCCCUGGCGUUCUUCUCAGCGUCGUACUAUCUGCCCGUGUACUUCCAAGUCUUGGGCAACUCGGCGACCGGAGCUGGAGUGAGGAUGCUGCCGUUCUCCCUCGGCGGUGCUCUCCUCGCUCUCGUAUCCGGUCAGAUGCUCUCGCGAUACCGCCAGAUCACCGUCCGCGGGAUCAUGUUCUUUGCCUGGAUCCUCAUCACACUCGGCUUCGGGCUGAUGAUCUCGCUGGACGACCACUCGAACAACGCAAAGAAGGAGCUCUACCCCCUGAUCGCAGCCAUUGGCGUGGGGUGUCUCUUUGCUGUGCCGCUCAUCGGGCUGCAGAUGAUCAUGCCUCUCAAGGACAUCGCGACAAGCACGGGUGCGUUCGGCUUCAUUCGCCAACUUGGAGGCACGAUGGGCAUAUCCAUCGGCCAGGCCAUCCUGUCCAGCACCCUCCGCCGCAAGGUCUCGACGAUCCCCGGGCUCACGUUCGACACCAGCCCGGCCGCGCUCAGCCAGGGCGUGCGCCAGCUGCAGAACAUCCCCGACGUCGCGCAGCGCGACGCGGUCAUCCACGCGUACUCGCAGUCCGUCAGCGAGAUCUGGCUCGCCAUGACGCCAAUUUUAGGCGCUGGUUUGGCCCUCGGUGAGAGCGGCGUGUCCUCGCUUCCUUUUCGGCAUGCCUGAGCCUGACCUUGCGUUUUUCUUCUUCUUUUCUUUUCUUUGCGCAGCGUUGACCCUCAGGCCCAGCGGGUUCAGGCGCAUGGAUGCCCCGCCGGCGGCGGCUGUUCCUGCUCCAGCUGAGCCCGUGGAGACGGAGAAGCCUUCCGGCUCGCCCGACCUCGAGAAGGGCGUGGAGGCAUCGGACAACGCGGCGUCGAGCGGGGCGGGCUCGACAGUUGACGUUCGGGAGGCGGCGUUGCCUGCGGUCGCAGCAGAUGGGCCUGCUCAGCACGAGUAGUGUGUCGUACGCCUUCGUUUCUGAUGCGAGUUUCUCGUGUUCCAUGUUCGUAGUCUGUUGUAUCGUAUACCCACUAUUCGCCAUAUAUCCGUUCGUUGUU